AUGGAGGGGGGGAGACGCGGACUGUUUCUGUACAUCGCAUGUCUGGCAACAUUUUCCGUGUGGGGCCUGCGCAAGAGCAUGCGGUGUGUGGUGUGCGAUGGCCAAGUGACCGGGGAGACUGCACAUGGGCGUGGUGGAAUGUCCAGCUCGGCAGACAUCACCAUGCAUGGAUGGAAGAUGGCGGAUGCCACAUCCGCGGCCGUCGCGCUACAGCACACCCUGAUGCGACGCACACCGGGUGUCCUCUGGCCUAUCACACUGGUCUUGGCUACACUGGCCACAGUCCAUUGGCCUGCUGGUGUCACAACCAGGCAGGGCGAAGCUGGGCAUCAGAGUGUCAAUAUGAACAGGGUGCACAUCAUGAACACCUGCAUGCAGUUGUGGAAUACUGCAGCUUGGGCCAGCGUGAUGGGCCAGGAGCGUGCAGAUAGGCAGGGCUGGUCCACCGCGCAUCUUGCUCCUUGUGUUUUGUAUCACAAGUGCAACAUAUGCAGUCGGGUGACAUUGAGCAACAUAUUCCGGGAUAAGUAUGGCAUUCUAAUAAGUCCAACCAAUAUAGACCGAUGUCAGAAGAAGCUGAACCUACGUGGCAGUAAGGUCAUGACCCGGAGCCUGUCCAAUGUGCAAAAGCGCCAGCUUGUGCUAGAUCAACUGGCGAAGGACCCAACACAUUGUCAAGGCCCACAAAUAAUCAAAGAAGGAAUCUUAUUUGAUACCAGCUUGAAUUUUACACAUGACUACAUUACAAGCGAGAUGCAUAUCCAUGAUGCUGAAGGCUUCGCACUACGGCGGCCAACUGCAUGUAAGGUUCAUCGGGAAGCAUUAGUUGCCCUUGAACCUCAUCAUGAGUGGAGCGGUGACAGCCAUGACAAGCUCAGUGCGAUCGGAUUUCUGAUAUGGGGUGUAUGGGAUAAAUGGUUGGGCAAGUGGCUUGGGCUUUGGGUUGUUCUGAACAAUCACCACAAGGACACGAUUGUAUUUCUUUAUCUUCAUUUGAUACGGGGACUCUCUGGUAAGUAUGUUCAUACUGUCACAUCUACCUACAGCUGUUAA